GUUUAUAUAGCGGUGACUCAGAGCGAAGCGCGCACUCGCUGCAUGAAUGAGCGCGCGGAAGACACUGAACACACUGUCAGCUGCAAGAGCACGCCGGAGCUGGUCAAAUGACAUGUCGUUUUAGAUCGCUAACAUAUCUAAGAAGUUUUCACAACUUUUAACAAAGCGAGAAUCAGAGUUUUAUUGUGUGUGUGUCUGUGUGUGUGUGGUGAGCGUCGCGCGGAUCUGGACACUAUGCAUUGUCAAGCAGAGCUGAGACUCGCGAGCAGCGCGCAGUUGAAAGCAGCCAGAAGAAGAUACAAGACUUUCAUGAUCGACGAGAUCCUCUCCAGGGAGACUUGUGAUUACUUCGAGAAGCUGUCUCUUUACUCGGUCUGUCCCUCUUUAAUCGUCAGACCCAAACCUCUGCAUUCAUGCUCGGGCUCUGUUCCUCUGAGGUCGUAUCCUCUGCUGUCUGUGAUCACACACCAGGCGUCCAGCAGUGUGUCUCCUCUGUCUCAGGCGUCUCCUCAUCUGCCUCCAUCCAGUGAGACCCCCGUCAGCAUCAGCAGUGAGUCUGAUACGGAGCACUGCACCCCGCGGCUGAAGAAACCCCGCCGCAGUCGUACCAUCUUCACCGAGCUGCAGCUCCUGGGCCUGGAGAAGAAGUUCCAGAAGCAGAAAUACCUCUCCACUCCAGACAGAUUGGAUCUGGCUCAGUCUCUGGGACUCACGCAGCUCCAGGUGAAGACGUGGUACCAGAACCGACGCAUGAAAUGGAAGAAAAUGGUGCUAAAAGGCGGGCACGAGGCUCCAACCAAACCUAAAGGCCGACCCAAGAAGAACUCGAUCCCGACCACGGAGGAGAUCGAGGCCCAGGAGCGAAUGGAGGCCAAACUGGCAGAGGAGGAGAAGCUACAUGCAGAAGUGGAGGACGAAGUUUUCCAGUCUCAACCUCAAGAUCUCAGUACAUCCGCCACAUCCGCUGCAGAGUACGUCUGUCCAGAAAGCCCAGAGCGAGAGCAGGCACCGCCGUCUCCGUCAGAAGCAAUGACCACCAGCUAAACACAAGCGAACGCCAACACUGAAAAGACUUUGGAAGGACUUUUGAACGGCUUCCCGGGCUGAUUUAGAGUUGACAGUGGCUCCAGAACGUAGAGCGAUACUUUAGGCACAUAAAAUGUGUGAAUGUCAUUGUCAAAACAACAAAACGUCAAACCUAGUGGCUUGUAUAACAAGAAAGGAUUGAAUAAGCACACUUCUUAAGAAAACAUUUCACAGAAUAAGCUUUUUUUUUUUAGGUGUUCAAUGGUUAAACAGUAGCAUUUUACAAUAAGGUCUCAUCGGUUAACAUUAACUGACAUUAAAUACUUACACAGCAUUUACUAAUAUGUUUUUAAAAUCCAAAUCGUACAUACUACUGAAGUUUUUAAUAUCAUUUUUUAAUCAUUUUUAUGUAUAAAUAAAUAUAUAGUUGACUACUUAAAAAUUUUCACUUUGUCAGCAAUUAUGAUUUAUAGUUAUGUCUGAUUAAAACAAUUCUAUGGUGUUUUUGUCAUUUUUAUAAUAUUUUUAAUAUGAAUAUAUAGUUUUCAAAAUGUGUAAUUUAGUUUAAAUCAUAUAUAUAUAUAUUUGCCCUCCUGUGAUUUUUAUUAUUUUUUUCAAAUAUUUCCCAAACUAUAAUUAACAGAGCAAGGAAUUUUUCACAGCAUUUCCUAUAAUAUUUUUUCUUGUGGAGAAAGUCUUAUUUGUUUUAUUUCGGCUAGAAUAAAAGCAGUUUAAAAUUUGUUUAAAACCAUUUUAGGGUCAAUAUUAUUAUCCCCCUUAAGUAAUAUUUGUUUUCGAUUGUCUACAGCAGUGUUUCCCAACCCUGUUCCUGAAGGCACACCAACAGUACACAUUUUCAACCUCUUCCUAAUCAAACACACCUGAAUCAACUCAUCAGAAGAGGCUCCAAAACCUGAAGUUAUUGGGUCAGAUAAGGGAGACAUUCAAAAUAUGGACUGUUGGUGUGCCUCCAGGAACAGGGUUGGGAAACACUGGUCUACAGAACAAACCACUGUGAUGCUGUGUUCACACCAGAUGUGGCAAGCACGAAUAAAUCACGGUAUUCGCAUGUAAAUAGAUAAGUGAACAUUUUGAGUUUGCUCGCUUCAUUCGUGCGUCCAAUUCACUUCAUUCAUGUGUUAAAUGCACUUCACAAUAGACGCGGAUUCGCGUCAUGGGCAGGGCGUCUAUCUCUAGCUUCAUUGUUAAAUGGCUGACAUGGAACUUAUUGAGAGAGUAGCUGUGCUUUAAGUGGCUUAGGAAGGCUGAAAAGCAGCAUAAAUUUGCUCGGCGCCGUGUCCGAAUCCACUAGAUCCUUUCAGAGGAUUUCAGACUGCAUAAACUCCUUCA